AUGGUUCUAGUAGAGAAUUGGAUGCCUCCAUCGAGGGAAAAUUGGGAAUUGAUUGUUUGGGGGUUUCAAUGGUUUCCUUUGUUUACAAUCUUUCAAUGGAUUCAACCAUGGUACGGAGCAGGCAAGACUUCAUCAAAUAGUCGAUUCAAUAUACCAGGGAAAAUAGCUUGGAUUACAAUGGAAAUGCCAGGAUUGUUGACCAUGUUUUAUGUCAUGUAUACAUUGCCUAGUGAGGUAGGAUUGAAGGAGUUGCCUUGGGAGAAUAAGUUAAUGGCGGGGCUUUAUAUCAUACAUUACCUUAAUCGUGCUAUUAUAGCACCUCUUAUUUCUCCUUCUAUGUCACCAAUUCAUGUUAUCGUUUGGCUUGCGGCAAUUGCCUUUCAGAUCACCAAUGCUGCAUCUUUGGGGUGCUACUUUGCUGGUUAUGGUCCUGUUACAAGAGCUGAUUGGAAACCUGUAUCAGGAAAUCCAUACGUAAAUGGAGCAAGAAUUGAACUAGGCAUGAUGAUAUUCUUUCUCGGUCUCGUAUCCAAUAUAUUUCAUGACGACGAACUACGAGAAAUCAGACGUGCGGCACUUCGAAAACAAGCAAUGCAAAAUGAUUCUUCAACUGGGAAAAAUAAAGGAAAUAAAACGGUCGACAAAGGUACUAUCUGGGAAAGAGACGGGAAGAGAGAGACGAAAGGAUAA